CGAAAAUCCGAGCUGUAAAAUGAGAGAGAGAAGACGAAGCUCCCAGCUUCAGCUGAUUGCAUGAAAGCUGUUGAAGGAAGAAAGUUGCGGCUACAUUAUUGCAUAGAAGCCAUCUGCCAGCUUCCCCCGGGGCCACUCCGGAUAGGCUGGUAACAUAUCACUACAUGCAUAGCAAGUUAAGAAGGGCCGGAGCUGGAUUGUCAACGCUGCUGCAUGACUGGGUUCGAGGGCGUCAAGAAUCAAAUGUGUUCCUUAAGAACAGGACCGCCUGGACAUCAAGCCAGAUCUUUCCCUGACCCCCUGGUUCUCCAACAUUAGAGAGAGGGCUAGAAAGCAGGUACUUACAGCUGUGGUCUUGAAAAUUUUGGCAAAUCUUUGCCAGACUUGAGAGGUUUGAUACCAGAGUUGGGACACUGGAGACUUGUAAUCCAAAAGGGCAAGAGUAAGAGCUCAAGCAAGGCCAGUGGCACACCAGCAUAUGCGUGUAAUUGUAGCCUGAGCAGGCUAGUUGACAAUCUAAGGCAGCAUACAGAACCUGCAGGAUUAGGUGUGCAGAUCAACACAGGAAAAGCAAGCCAUGACGCGCGCACUGGUCCCUGUAGUAGGCGCUAACAGCAGGCCCCUAGGUGCAAGCCAUUGGGAUACUAGCAACGGCGAGUAUGGCAGCUUUUACAGGAAGAAGAGAGCGAGGGAGGUGUUCAGAAGGGAUGUGGACGAGCCUUCGGUGACUGUGGAAGAGCAGCCCCUGGCGGGAGAGGUUCUGAUGGCGCAACCAGCUCAGCAGGUCGUAGUUGAUGGCGCGUACCGGCAGGAAAACGAAGUGCUUCGGAGAGAGUUAGAUGAUUGCAAGGCAGAGCUGGAGCGACUAAGGAGGGCGGUGGAAGAAGUGCUGGGGGCAAACGCGGCUGGAGGAGUAGCCAUCCCUCCAGCGGUCCCGCAAGCGUUCCCUCAGCCCGUCCCGCAAGCAGUGCCCCGGGCAGCCCCGGUCGCUUAUCCUGGUCGGGAGGACGCAGCAGUGCAAACCCCGGAGUCCGUUGCAAUCGCUGCAGCGGAAGCGGAGCGAGCUGCCGGAAGGGCAGCGGACAUGGCAGCGGUGAAGGUUAACCCGCCGUUCAGAACCGGGGUGUACAGGCCGCCUGCUGUCGUCCGGGAUCCUUUUCGAGAUCCAUCGGCACACACGCCUCUGUGGCGGCUACCAAAAGAACGCAGUUUGGAGCUCGAGCGCCCGGUGAAAGUCGUCCCCGCUCGGCCUUACCGGCCAGGGACUGGAAACAUCGGAGCCUACAAGAACCCGCCAUACAGUAGAAAUGGCGUGGGGCCAAGCUGGGGUGGUCAAUGACGAAUCUAGAUAGAGCUCCGAUACUUAUGAAUCCGCUGGUUCAAGUUGAUUUAUUGGGAAUCGUAGCACAGUGCAAUUGAAGUCCAUGUUAAGAAGUGCUUAUCACUUAUCUGCAAAGCCCAACCAUUGGAAUUGACAAUCUAUUGCCACUCGCUAAGGAGCGGUACCAUUUCUGAGUUAGAUCAGUAUCUUCUUCAAUCGGUUGUGCAAAACCGGUUUCAAGCGCUGUUGUGCUACAUCAUCUUAGCACUACUGCCACGUUGACUCAUACACGAGAUAUUGAUGCAUUCGCCCGU